CCGUCAGCGGAGGAGCGCUGGACCAGAGACAGACGCACAAGGAGGGGAGAGCAGGCUGAUGUUAGCGGCUGUGGUGCGGCUCUAUCUGCCAGUUAAAACUACAGAAACAGCUAAGACUCAUUUAAUGAAGGGACUUUGGGUGCUGAUGUUUUUCUUUUAGGGAGCGUGGGUCCGCUGCGUGACUACUGCCCUCGCUUGUUACUUGUUUUGUGAAGUGUGCACAGGAACAAAUGCUUUACUUGAUUGAGGCCAUAUUAUUGUUAUCAUUAUUAUUUUACAAAGUGAUGGCAAGUCGUUAGAAGCUUGUUUUCCGUUUUCUCGGAGUUGGUGCGUGUGUGAUAACUUCUCUGCACACCUCUGAUUACUUCUUACACCUGACUGUAAACAAUGAUCGCUGGAGGUCACGUUUUGGCGCGACUUGCUUAUACAUCUACUGUGCAUCUUGUCUUUUGCGAUCGUGACUUGAUUUACAGAUAGCUUUUGAAUCUUAAAUCAAACCGAGGCUGUGGACUAGUUUCAGUCGGACUAUGACUUGGUCAAAACUUUGCUCUGCGCUCCUGCGGAUGAUCCAGUGAAACUUGUCAAAUCAUAUGUAGUUUAAUCGAGACAGCCUCGAGAUGUUAGGAAGUCCAUCAAACAACGGCGGCAUCAGGAUGCUGGUGCCUCCAGCUCCGAACGACGACAGGCGGGUAGAGUUUGUGGCUCUCACCGCCGUCCACACGGAGAGAAGCGAGCCGUCCACUCCGGAGCGCGGACACCCGUCUCACCGCACGGGUCUGCUGGGCACACCGCUGCCUGGACCGCCCGGACCUCGGGCCAACAUGUCUGCUUCAAGCAAGCGCUACAGAAAGGUGCAAAACUGCCUGUAUAACGUGCUAGAAAGACCAAGAGGAUGGGCAUUCAUCUACCAUGCAUUCAUUUUUCUUUUGGUGUUCAGCUGCUUGGUGUUGUCCGUGUUCUCCACCAUCCCCGACCACCAGAAGGCUGCAAACCAAGGUCUCUUCAUCCUGGAGUUUGUAAUGAUUGUGGUGUUCGGCUUGGAGUACUUCAUCAGGGUUUGGGCAGCCGGAUGUUGUUGCAGAUACCGAGGAUGGAAGGGACGACUAAAAUUUGCCAGGAAGCCUUUUUGCGUCAUAGACUUCAUAGUGUUUGUGGCAUCACUGGGGGUGAUUGCUGCAGGGACGCAGGGCAACAUCUUUGCUACAUCAGCCCUGCGCAGCAUGCGUUUUCUUCAGAUUUUGCGUAUGGUACGCAUGGACCGCCGAGGAGGCACCUGGAAACUACUGGGCUCAGUGGUUUAUGCUCACAGCAAGGAGCUGAUUACAGCCUGGUACAUAGGUUUCCUGGUCCUGAUCUUUGCCUCCUUCCUCGUGUACCUGGCAGAGAAAGACAUCAACUCAGACUUCAACACUUAUGCAGACUCCCUCUGGUGGGGGACUAUAACUUUAACUACUAUUGGUUACGGUGACAAGACCCCUCAUACGUGGCAGGGACGGCUCCUAGCUGCCGGCUUUGCUCUUCUGGGAGUCUCGUUCUUUGCCCUGCCUGCUGGAAUUUUGGGGUCAGGCUUUGCCUUGAAGGUUCAAGAGCAACACAGGCAGAAACACUUUGAGAAGAGGAGGAUGCCUGCUGCAAACCUGAUACAGGCUGCAUGGCGUCUCUACUCUACAGAUGCCAAACACUCCUAUCUAACAGCUACUUGGUACUUCUAUGACAGCAUGUUGCCUUCGUUCAGAGAACUGACGCUACUGUUCAGUCACCUCCAGAGACAGCGUAACACCAAGAAGGUUCUCCACAACUCCUACCACACGCUGCUGUCUGGGCUGCGCCUACGCUCCCCCUACCUGUCGGGGGGCAGCGGUAAAAUAGGAUUCCGGGAUCGGAUCGAGAUGAAUAAUUCCCGUUCAUCCCAAACUAUUCGGAACAAGCCUUCACCGCUGCCUCCUGGCUCCGGUGUCCGCCGCUCUCCUAGCCAGGAGAACGUCCCUGAGGCCAGCCCAGGGAAGGUCCAAAAGAGCUGGAGCUUCAAUGACCGCACACGCUUCCGCAGCCUCCCUGCGCCUCAAAAACCGCGUCCACCUGUUGACGGUGAGGACUCGGGGAGGGAUAGUGUGGAAGACAAGCCAUACUGUGAUGUAACCAUGGAGGAGGAUCCAGCAGUGAAGACACUUAUACGAGCUGUCAGGAUUUUAAAGUUCCUUGUGGCCAAAAGGAAGUUUAAGGAGACGCUACGCCCGUACGAUGUGAAGGAUGUCAUAGAGCAGUAUUCAGCUGGACACUUGGAUAUGCUGGGCCGCAUCAAGAGCCUGCAGACAAGGGUGGACCAGAUAAUUGGACGAGGAUCUGUUCAGUCAGAUAAGAAGACACGUCCUGAAAAGGGAGAGAAGACGCCGCCAGAACUGGACUCAUUGGAUGAGCUAAGCAUGAUGGGCCGUGUAGUCAAGGUGGAGAAACAGGUUCAGUCCAUAGAAAACAAGCUGGACCUCCUGCUCAAUUUUUACUCCCAGUGCCUGAAGAAAGGCUCAUCCCACUUUACCUUGUCCUCCCUCCUGGACCCCGACCUGACUUCUGACUACCACAGCCCCACGGACCAAAGAGACCUCUUCCCCUCUGCUAACACACUCAACAUCUCUCAGUCUGAGAGUGGCAACUUGGAAUGACAGUGAGCUGACUGAACAAAGACACAAACCCUUUACAGUAUGUCUUCCUGAGGCCGAGUCCUCGCUCAACCUAAAUGUCUCCUCUUCACUUUGUUUCAUUUCAGUCUUUAGUGAUUUCUCCCACUCCAUCUAAAAUCUGCAUCCUCACCCCCCUCUUUUUUUCCCCCCCUCGACUGAACAUUUCCAGCCCGAGGCCACCAGAUGGCUCCAACUGACAGGGAGCCUCAGCCAAAGCUGCUCACCGCACACGCCUCUGAGCCCACUACUGUACAUGAGGAUGGAAAUGAAGAAAGGACAUGCGAAUAAGUAAUACUUGACUACUGAACCACUCACUUCAUGCUAUACAUACAUCAAUGCCUACUUUAAAACUUUAACUGUAGAUAAUCAGACUGUUCACUGAAGUUUUUUACAAUUUUAGAGGAAUCCUUUGUCCACACCAUCAUUUGUCUGUGGCUUUCUGACUCACAAAUAGCCCUACAAGUACCACGGAUUUGUCCAAUACUUUGCCAGAGGCGUCACAGUUCUUGAGACUGUGAUGAAUGUGAUGAGUAGCAGUAAAGAAGCCAUCAACACUAAGACAAGGUGCUCCUGUGGAGGGGGGCAUUCUCAGACUUGUCUGACAGCCACUACACUUCUGUGGUCUCACCUGAACAAGGGGGUUUUAAAUAUGUAAAUCCUGCUUUAAUAGCUCUGAAAACAGAGCUUGGAGAAUGCGUCGGACUGGUGUGCAUACAGUACAUUGUUGUUUGGUUCUGAUUCCCUCUCUUAGAAGUUUGGCCUCCAACAAGCCCACAUGCAAAAAACACACCAUGUUCCCUGUUUGAUUCAAAUAAGGAAUGCUCCUACAUGUUUAGGAUUUAAUAGAGCCAAAAUGUUCUUUAACAGGCUUUCAGAUGCCACUUAUCUCAGUAACCUGAGUUUAUAUUUUAACCCGCCCUUUAAAACUCAUUGUCUUGCAGCCCACAUUCCUGACAUGCACGCUCCUCAAAUCAGCCCUAUAGAUAAAUCUUCAAUGAGAACUUUUAGACACGGAUGUGCCACUUCCUGUGUAGCUUCUCGUCACUCACCCUUAGCCUCAGGUCAGCUGCUUCAGGCAGUCUGCUGCGCUUGCUCUUUCUUUGAGAUCAGAUGUCACGUGCACUCGUAAGAGAUGCAAGAACGUUUUUGGCCACUUUGGUGCAGGUUUUAAACAGUGAAUAUCCUGUAAGCCAUCCAGGUCAAAUGCAUGAAUUUCAUUAUCCAGAUGAAUGCUCGUGUGUUAGCAAAUGGUUGCAGCCUUACAGCUUCAGUGUGCAGCCGGUGAACUUUGUUCUCUUUUGUCUUUUCUGGUUUCUUUCUUCUUGACAUUUUGCACACUAAAUGCCCUUUGCUGAUGGACAAAACUGGAGAGUGCACAAACGCACACACACACACACACGUAUAUUAUCAGUGAAAGUGAGUCCUUUUUACUUAAAUACUUUGGCACUUGAUGAAUCUUUUGUUUAGAUUUUUUUUUUAUUGUAAUUGUGUUCAUGCACUUGAUUUCAUGUAACCUAUAAGAGAGGAUUUUUUUUUUUUAUUUUGGUUGUGAAUGUAGGAUUUAAGUUAAUAUAUUUAAUUAAGGUAGAUAUGAUUGUUAAAUUUUAUUUUAAGCAUUUUAUUUUCAAGUUAAAUCAUGUUCACAUACAACUUGCAGAGGUCAUAUCUGUAUAUAAUUAUUACCAGCUCUGACUAAGAAAACAUCCACCAUACUGUAUUUGGCCAGUAAAAACAUGUUUUCUGUCCCUGUAAAUCAUUCAUUCAUUCGGUCCGGUCACGCCAGUUGACUCAGGUGCUCCACUUUAGACUUCUAAACAGUGAAUGUACUUCCUCGCACGGUCUUUUUCGCUCUGUUUAUGGUCUGUUCCUCUCGCUAUCAUGAGAAAUAAGAUGGCACUUUGAGCUUGCAGUUUGCAUUCAUUUCAUGGAGAGAUGCUUGGUAGCUUUAUUACAUGGCCUAGACUAUAGCAGAGGUGCCUGUUUAUUAGAGGCAUUAUUAAACUGAACAGUGCUGCCGUCACUUUAUUGUCACCUGGAAUGUUGAGCUUCCUGAAAAUGUAUGUUAGAUUUCUGUAUUGCAUGUUGUUUGUUUCGUGGUUGCCCCAGUAUUAGAAGACAAACUUUAAGGAUGUAAAACCUAGAGUUAAGACAGGAAAGGAAAUUACCCGUGCCUUCUAUGCCCUCCUUCUAUCUUAAGCCUGCUUUGAAGAGACAUGUGUAACAGAAAUCACGUGAGGAUAGUCAUGCUAUGUUACUGCAAAACAUCAAAAUUGUUCUAAAGACUUUUUGACUCUUAUAAACGUUGGUAUAUUUGGGAAUUUUACUGUAUGUUCAGCAUAUCAUUGUACCUACAGGUCCUUACUGCAUUGACACUCUUUCUGUAUUAGAUGUGGAGGCAUGGACAUUUUGUGUCAUCACAGGAAGCUCUUCUGUCAUGUCUCCUCUCAUAAGCAUGUCACAUAGAUCAGAAUGGCUUCCACACAACUACCUCUGAGGCCACUAGGGGGCGCAAGUCUAGAAACCUGAGUAUGAGAAACUUUAACUGACUGAAUGCUAUGCAUGUCUCAAUCUGCACGUUCUCUUUUUUCGCUUCUUCUUCGUGGCACCCAUCUCUCACCGACUUGCUGCCAUUCGACAUUCCAGCUCAUCGCUCUGUAGCUGCUCUCUUAUGUGUUUGUUGUUAAAGUGAAACUCUAACUGAUCAAGCAAUAAGCAAAAAUGAACAAAGUCUUCCCACUCUAAUUGAUGUGGCUACUGGUUGAAUGAAACAUGGCACUGAUUUAUUUUCUAAUCAAAUGCACACCUUGAUUUAAUCUUUUAAGGAGAUGCAAAAAAACAAAAGAAAAAAAGAAAAAAGUGUAUCUGCUGAGGAUGAAAUUGGAUCACUUGACUAAUUAUUUAUUUGUUUCAAUAAAGCUCUUUGG